AUGUGGCCACAUAAAAAGGGUCUUGGAAAUCGACUAAGCUAUGGAGUAUAUGGAAAUGCUAUAGUUUCAAUAGAUUCUGUAAUAGAGGCACAGAACCAGGAUCAACUGGCAAAUACCAAUAUUACGAUUCCUCAUAAUGAUUUCGAGAUGAGUAAGAAAUCAAUACCUAUGAUGUUCCCCAGACUAAAUGAUGAAACCGUGGAAUUAACUCCUAAACAAAAUAGUAAUCAGGAAUUGGUAGAGAAUCAAAUUUCCAAGUUCAACAUUAAUUCAUCAAUGGCCAAUACAAUUAACUCCCCAAUUAACCCCCCUAAAGGGAAACUACCCAAAGAAUUGAGCAAUAACACCUAUAUACCUCAAGAUAUAAUACGAGCAUACAUGUUUGAAUCCAAGUCUUUGACUUCUAACAUGGCAUAUGACCCUAUUCAUGGAGAUCUUUUACAAACAUUUGAUAUUUUUGUUAAAUCAGAGGAUGCAUAUGUUGAUCUGAUGACAUUUGUAACAGGCGAAUCUCUGUCAAUUUUAAAUAUAACAACGUACGAAUCAAAAGAUGAUUGUAUCGUGCUAUCGCCAGCAUACCAAAUUGACUUUUGUGACCCAAUAUUGCAAAUUGAAGUCUCAGACAAAAUUGAUGGUGUUGGAUUGGUGGCAGUUCGAACAGGUGCCAAGGUGUACAUUUUAAACAUUUGUCUAGAUAAGCUUACGUAUAUUGAAGUGAUCCCAAAUGUGGUGCUAUUUGUCUUGGGAGAAAUAUCUGCAGACUGCUUGGCUGGAAACGUGCUAGCCGACGUUCGCUUUAGCUCUAAUGACAGCAGGAAAGUUGCGGUGGUGGACAUCAAGGGUAAUUUGACUGUGUGGUAUGUCAAUAAAACAGUACCAAGUAUAAGAAAGUUUAUCAAGGAACAAUUUGUCAAAGAAUUAUCGGAUUCACAAUCAUUGUCCAACUGGCGACGCAUUUGUUGGCUCCCACUGUGUGAUCACUUACUUAUUAUUUCAAGAGUAGAAAUCUUGAAGGUUAUGCCUAAUUCAGAGUCUUCGGGAAAGAUAAUAGUUACUUCGAAUACGUGGUCUCGAAUAAGAGAUGUGAAUGUGGUUGAUGAGUACAUGUUUUUGUUGACCUCAAAAGAAUUGAUUUGGUUUAGUGCUAAUGACAGCAUGACAAGAUUAUUAUCCUGGAAACAUUUUUUAGAUGAUAGUGACCCAUCAUUAAAAUUUAAAGUUGUGGAAACUUCUCCGAAAGUGUUUACUUGCUUUUUAUAUUCACAAGUGAACCCCUUAGUUAUUGUUUAUUCAUUCGGAUUUAAAGGUAAUAAGCCAUAUAGUUUACGAGAUCCUUACUAUUUUAGAAAGAGUUCUGAUAAUUACGAUUUGAGACAAAUAAACAUCACCAAAACAGAGGACGCAUUGUUAAUUUUUGAAUUAACUACCGGGUUAGCAAUUCAUCUGAGACGUUUAAUUAGCAAAAAUGAGAAUGAUAUUUCCAAUUCCCUGUUUCAUUCCAAAUUGGUAGAUUCUAGUGUCAAUAAGCACAGAACAAAUUAUUUGAAACAGUUUUCCAAGAAAGAAAUCAAAAAAAUGAUACCCCAGUUUUUAAAUAUAGGUGAACAUGAUUGUACUACAGCAUCACAGCAGAUUGAUUUAAUACAGCGAUAUGCAUACGAACUAGGAAACGGAUUUGCCCAAAUGGGUAAUUCUCAAGCUGCACAACAACUGAAUUAUUUCUCAUUAUACGAAGUCUGUAAUAGUGUACCGUUAGGGGUAACUGAUUUGUUGGAAUUAGAUGAUAUGAUUGUGCAAUUAGAGAACUCAUUACCUCCAGAGCGCCUAAAAGUGAAAAGUUUAAUCAAUAAUUCAUUCAUACGAAGGAACAAGUUUAUUAAUAAAAAGGAAACAAACACACACAUAUAUGAUAUUUACCAAAUGUUAGAGCAAAUCUACCCUACCCAUAAUAAACCAUCGUCAAAACUAGCAGCAUCCAUAUUAAUAGGAUUAUCCCUAAUAAAAUGUCAAUACGAAUCAGACGAUUUACAGGAAAAAUUGCAAAAAUCUAUAGCCAAUGCACCAGAAAAGGUACAAACAUUGUUGAAUGAAUGGGACGAGGAAGACAACGAUGAUAACUCCCAAACAGAGGGUCUUACACCUACUCAGCAUGAUUCCCAGUUUAUGAUUCCAACCAUUAAGUCGUCGAUUCCGGCACUCAGAGUAAACUCACAACCAAGUCUUCGCCAGCAAGUUUUGACUCAAAAUUCACAAACACAAACAUUACUCCCUUCAUCUUUAAACUCAACUGUUCCAUCUAUUUCUAGUUUCCCUUCACAAAGGUCAAUAUCAUCACAAGGAAGCCAAUCAAGAUCAGGUUCGCAGCCUAAAAAGAAACGGAAGAAGAAAGGAGGAUUUGCAUAG